CGGAUAGGGAAUGUCACCAGCAGAGGGGAGCUCACGAUUUAACAAGCACAGAGCCGGGUAAUCGGCGGCGUGGCGCGUUGGUGGCUGAAGUUCUGUGCUCGCAUUCGUUGCGUGCGAGUGAUUCGAGGCGCACCGUAUCGAUCAAGUAAUAAAACGGAAAAGCAAUUCGCAUAACAAAAGCAAAAACAAUAAAACAAUAAUAUUUCAUAACAUUUCAUUGUACGCUGCCGUUAUCGGGCGCAAUCCUGUCAAACCCAGCGCUGGUAUUAACCGCGCAUUUUAACGUUUUUGUGCGUGCGGGCGUGCGACAUACGUGCGGGCGCGUCGCCAGCGACACAUCCUACCAGCAGGCGCUCAAGUGUGCUAUAAAACGGAAUGAGUAUUAUGCAACACAAGGAUUUAGUAACGCAAUAACGCCGCGUUCAAACGUGUACGCAUUUUAGUUGUUGCUUUUGUUUUUGUUUUCGCUGUACAGCUCUCUACCAGCUACGUGUACACUCGUGAAAGCGACAACGCGGCAAAAGUGCCACGGCAGCAAAAAUGGAUAAACUGCUGUCCCUUUUCGAAAAUGCUGACCCAUUCAAAACCUGGUGGCCGGCCAUCGCCGCGGUUGUGUUCGGUGCCGUUAUAAUGGUGCGCACACUGAUGAGCGGCCAGCGCUGCCCCAACGACAAUCAAAUACGCGAUCAAAUAGUUAUUGUGACGGGCGCGAAUAGCGGCGUCGGCCUGGAGACUGCCAAAGCGCUGGCCGCGCGCGGUGGCCGCAUUGUGUUGGCCUGCCGCAACAUGGCCGCAGGGGAACGCAUGGCAAGGGUUAUUAAGCGCGAGCUAGCGUGCCAGCGUAUCGGCGCCGAUGUGGAGGGGGAGUUCUUUGUGGAGGCACGCUAUCUGGAUUUGCGCUCCUUUGAAAGCGUGCAUCGGUUUGCGCGACGCAUCACCGGCGAAUUCGAGCGCAUCGAUGUGUUGAUAAACAAUGCGGGCAUUAUAUUCGGCUCACUAGGCGGGCGCACCAUCGACGGCUAUGAGGAGCAUCUGCAGGUGAACUAUCUAUCGCACUUUCUGCUGACACAACUGCUGCUGCCGCAUUUGCGCCGCUCGCCCAGCGGCGGGCGCGUGAUAAAUGUGACGGCACAUGCCCAUGCCGCGGCCAAAAUCGAUUUCGACGAUCCGCUCAAUGUGGGCACUUGGUCGGUGAAGUUCCAUGCACGUGACGCUUUCGCUCACUCCAAGCUGGCCGUCAUGCUGGCAACGCGUUGGCUGGCGCGCCAAAUGAAAGGCACUCCAUUGACGGUCAAUUGUUGCACACCUGGGCUUGUGCGCAGCACGGGCCAUUUACGCAAUUCGCCACUAAUGUCCGCCAUUAGUGUAAAAUUGAUGACCUUCCCGUGGAUGUGGCUGUUCAUGAAGAACCCAUUUGAGGGGGCACAAUGCGCCAUACGUCUAGCCACCGAUCCGAAGCUCAAAACCGUAAGCGGCGAGUAUUUCAACGAUUGCGAGAUAGCACAAUCGUCACUGCAUGGCCGGGAUAUAGCUUUGGCGAAGAAAUUAUACAUGCAGACAAUCAAGGAAUUGGAAAAGGUCACCAAAUUAACUAUUGAUAAGGAUAUUGAAGGCGAAACUUUACCUCUGGCAAUAACAGCCGAAUCAGCAGACGAGAGUCACCACAGUAAACCAGCACUGGAGGCGCCAAAAAAGAAACAUCAAGGAAAACAAAAGCAAAAAAAUUAAGCUGCUGAUGAAUUUUCGAUUUUGUGUCGUGAAACGCGCUGGAUGCCACAAGCAUUCAUUAAGAGACUAGAGAUUAUGAAUAAUAUUUCUAAAAUAUAAAAAUAAAAAUAAAAUAAUUAUUUAACGUGCUUUAUGUAUACUUUA